UUCCGAACCUGUCUGCAAUCCUGUCCAUUAGCACCAUGCGGUUCCUCCUGUGCGCCAUCUUGUUGUCGUCCGCCAUCUUGUGCAUCGACGGGCUGGAGCUGAGCCCGCGUCCGCGGCGCCCGGAGCGCUUCGACACGGCCGAACAGAUCUCCAACUAUCUGAAGGAGCUGCAGGAAUACUACUCUGUACACGGGAGAGGACGUUACGGGAAAAGACAAAUGCACAUAUCGGACGCGUCGGUGAUAUUCAAGGAGUUCCCGUAUUUCGACCACGGCCCCCAGAAUCUGAACGAAGACACGGUAUUUAAGGCUCUCGCAUACCAGUAAAAUGAUGACUGCACACUGGGCAAUAUUGCCGGAAAUAUUGCCAGUGUAAACAUUGGCUGUGUAAUCGGUAAUAUUGCUAGUCUUCCUAGAAUUGUUAAAUACAUACAUUUUCUUAUACACAUUACUGUUUAGUUCAAUAGGCAAAAGAAAACACGCGGGCAUUCAGUAAAAUUUCUGCAAAAUAGCAAUAUGAUGAUUUUCUAAUUAGUAUCUCAAUAAUAGUUAGUAUAUUAUCAACGAAAAUGAGUGCUAAAAAUGCUAUGAUGAGUUGGCAACAUUUUUAUUAGUAAUAAAAAUAAAUUUCUGUCAUUGUCAUAAACCAUAAAUGUUUUAAUUCUUGUUAACGCAAACGUAUAUUUUUUUUUAUCAAUAAAAGUUGUGUAAUAUUUUGUCAUUAUUGAAUUUUAAUUUUGCUCAGGAAAUAUUGCUAGAAAUAUAUAAAACACCGUAUGUGUUUUUCAAGCUGAAUAAUUGAUUGUUACUAUUAAUUAUAUUAUAUUCAUUUCAUAAUUUUAAUAUUAAGGUUUAAAAUAAAUGAAAGAGCUCUUAUUGCAAUAACUAAAGCAAUGUGAUUAAUUAAGAGUUUAAUUUCUUUGAAAUGCUGUCCAGAAAUAUAAAGUCCAUUUCUUUUUUUUUAGUCUAUUUCAUAUAGAAAAAAAUCCAAUCUAGCUCCGUUGCCUUGUAUAUUUUGUUUAAUUUCAUAUUUAUUAAGAAAAAGGUUUAUGGAAUGUAUAAAUUUAAGAAAAGCAAACUGUCGAAGUAGAACGGUCGCAAAUAUGACAGUGUUAAACUGAAGUUACAAAUCUCUCCGCUAGGAGCGCAUGUCUCUCUCAAGGCUCAGCGACGUGACAUGACAUUAGACGUUAUUUUCUGUAGGCUGAUUUCGGCGCACUGAGCGUAGAGAGUCAAGACGUAGUCCUGUGGUAGUGUGCUGGCUUCGUAUGCAGAAGUUCUCAGGUUCAUUCCGGACUGCGAUCUUUUUUUAUAUAUUUUAAUUUUCUUUUUGUAUAUUUUAAUUGUAAUAUUACCUUACCUAUAAUCUCCAUAUGUAUGUAAAUUACCUACAUUUUGUCAAUAACUUUAUGUAACCAACAAAAUAGGUUAUUUAUUUAUUCUAGUCAAUUACAACUAUCUGUCUAGUCAAUUAUUAUUUUAAUAAUUAAAAUAAUCCCUAAAUAUAAUUUACAGGCUGGGUGAUAAAUUAUUUUGAGGGAUUCAAUAAUAUUAAUUAUAAAACUGUAGUAAAAUAUGAACAGUUAUGGGUAUUAGUUGUAAUUGUAUCCAGAAAUGCAAAAGUU